UUACAUAGCGGCAGUUAACCAUUCGGACUGUUCCAGCCUCGGAAAGAUGAUCGAGUCUGGGACGGCAGGGUUAGGAUUCUCAAUCCGAGAUGUCCGAGACUGAGAUGUCUGAGUCUCACGCGACCGAGAGGCCGCUCCAAGCAAAGACAGAGUUGUGGAAUGACACUUAGGCUCCUCAAGCACAAAGCCGACAUGGAGCGGAAAUGCGUGCGGAACAAGCAGCGGCUCCAGGCGGUCGGCUUUGCAAGACCACUCCCUUAUUUCAUGCCCCAAACAAUGAAAACAAACAGAAAUGCAGACUUACCCUAACCCUGGACGGACACUUCCUCACCGUCGUCGAUCAAGCUACUUCCGCCACGUCUCUGCAGAAUCGCCCGUUGACCAUCUCGCAACACCAUACUACUACCAAAAUCAAGACCUGCUUAUGGAGAUGUGACAAUGUCGAAACAAUACCUCACCGUUCACACCGUGGACGAAGCCCACCCAGCAGAGAUUUUCUCCCUCGCACCCACCCAGACCUCCCUCUUCUCCGCUAGCGGCUCCUCAUCCCUCCGCAUCCACAGCACGACCGACCCGACCUUCCCCCUCCAGCAAACCAUCUCCGACGCCCACAAACUCGGCUGCCACCACGUGUGCACGGCGCGCGGCGGGCAGGGCGUAGUAGCAGCGAGCGUAGGCUUCGGAGGCGAGAUCAAGGUCUGGACAAGAAACGAAAACAAUGAGUGGGGCCUGGACUGGGAACUCCCGCCCUCCAGACAGAAACAGGCCAACGGCGGCGGCGGGGACGUCUGGGCGAUCGCGCUGAGCGCCGACGAGGGGUAUCUGGCGUACACGACCAGCGAUGGGCGGAUCCAUGUGUGGGAUCUCGCGGCGCGGGAGAUAAUCCAGACUUACGAGACGGGCGCGAGGGGCACGGGCAGUUUUGCCAUGGCGAUGGAUCUCAGUCGGGACGGGAGGCUGACGGCGAGUGGGCAUGAGAGUGGCGCGGUGUAUGUGUUUAAUAAUGAUGCGGGGAGGAUGGUGUAUUCGCUUUCAGGUCUGGCGAAGCCGGUACGGGCGGUUGCGUUCUCGCCUGGGUGCAAGCGGCUUGCGGCGGCGGGCAAUGCGGGUGUUAUCGCCAUCUACGAUAUGGAGCAUGGCGAGCAUGUGGGCAACCUCACCGCGCCGAGCAGCAGGCCCGCGUGGAUCACGUCUCUGGAUUGGAACGAUACGGGCGAUUAUUUGCUGAGUGGGUCGCUCGAUGGCAAGGUCAAGGUGUGGGAUGUGGCGCGCGGCGUCUGCGUGGCGACGCACAGCGAGACGGACACGGCGUUGUGGAGUGUCAGGUGGUUACCGAAGACGGAGCGGGCGUUGGGACCGGGCAUGGGCAAGAGCGAGAUGUUUUGCGCUGCCGGAGCCAGCAGGAGUAUCACCUUCUACCGGGAAGCUACCGGGUCGUGAGGUGAGAUGGAGGCGUUCAUUGGCUCCAUUUAUUUGCUUGCACGUCCUGUGAGGGAACAGGAACUUCGCGUCACGUAGUCGCUACGAUUGAUCUUUAGCCAGGGCGGGAUAAAUAAAAGAAGACAUGACGAAGGCCGGCCAAAUUUUCUCGUCGCAGCCCCUCACUCUCAUCGUUCACUAGACUCGGACUCCCUCUACUUCUGAAAGCCCAUUUUGGAACCAUAAUUAGUGAUAGUCUUGUCAUAUUCUCCGGUUCGGCAUACGCAAUCGGGCUGUGUGGUUUUGAGUUCCGGGUCGUUGAUCUGGGAGU